AUGAUUUUGGGGGCACAGCCGAGACCCGGGGCACCGCCCGCGCCCCCAAGCACGAACGCAAACGCCCCCAAUAAAUUGACGCGUAGCACCGAUUUUUCGAUAGCGGCUAUCAUGUCGAAAGCCAAGAGGGACAGGGAGCGGCAGCAGCAAAAUUUGUCUCCGACCAACGAAGACGUCGAAGACAUCGAAGUCGACGUCGAGCAAUGUUCGGACAGCGAAUCGACCGCCAAUUCGACCCACACGACGAGUCCCUCCUCGAUCAACAUCAACAUCAACAACAACAAUUGUCCGAGGAUCGUUGCUAAACAGCAGCAACAACAUCAACAGUCCAACAAUAGUAAUAACAGUGGUGGCAACGUUUCGGCCGGCAAUCCCGCCGGGAACAAGUCCAACCCGAACGAGAGCGGUACGGAGCAGACGCCGCCGAACAGCCCGAGCGGCAGCGAAAGGCUCAGCCCGGACAUACCCAUGAGAGGAGACAGGUGUAACAGUGACGACCUGCGAUCGGUCCGGUGUCAUUUAGAAACGAAAGAUCUUUGGGACAAAUUCCACGAUCUCGGGACAGAAAUGAUCAUUACCAAAACUGGAAGGCGAAUGUUUCCGACCCUCCGGGUGUCCUUCUCCGACCUGCCCCUGCCGUCGUCGUCCUCCUGCACCAGUGGCGGCGGCGGCGGCGUCCAGUCCUCCUCCGUCCGCUACGCUGUCCUCCUGGACGUCGUAGGGACCGACCUGAGGAGGUACAGGUACGCCUAUCACAGAUCGUCGUGGCUGGUAGCAGGAAAGGCGGAUCCUCCUGCUCCUGCUCGACUCUACCAUCAUCCUGACUCUCCAUACAGCGCGGAGCAGCUGAGGAAGCAGGUCGUCUCCUUCGAGAAGGUCAAAUUGACCAACAACGAACUGGACAAGAACGGACAGAUUGUUCUGAACUCCAUGCACAAGUACCAGCCCCGCAUCCACCUGGUUCGUCUGCCGACGCAAUCGACGUGCGUGCCGACGAAUCCCCAAGAGCUGGAGGCGAUGGAGCACCACACGUACGUCUUUCCCGAGACCAUAUUCACGGCGGUGACCGCCUACCAGAACCAACUGAUUACCAAACUGAAGAUCGACAGCAACCCUUUUGCGAAGGGGUUUAGGGACUCCAGUAGACUUACUGAUUUCGACAGAGACCCAAUGGACGCCUUACUCCUAGAACAGCACCUCCGUUCACCCCUACGUCUAUUCCCAGACUCCUUGCUAGCCCACGCGCACUCGCCCUACCAUCUAGCAGCAGCCCAAACGACACACCAGUCCCUGAGCCAACAAAUCGCCCAACACCAACAAAACCUAGCCCAAUCAUCAAACUCUCAAGAAGACAGCAUUUUAGACAAAGCAGCAAGAGCCCACAUGAUCUGGGCCCAGAAUCUAGCCCACCAAAGCCUGGCCCAAAACCAGGGCCAAACAGACCCCGAAUCGAUCCUGGAAAAAGCAAGGGCCCAUAUGUUAUGGCAACAGCAACAGAGGACAUCGACAGCCACAAAUGGGCCGUACGGGGAAUUUUUUUACCCCAGGUUGCAAACUUUGGGAGCCCUGAAUUCUUUGGCUGGUUUUUGGACGCAGAAUCAGUAUUUGCAGCAAGGAUCGGCCUUUGCGGCGAGGAGUCCUGGUUUUGGGGCUUUGGGGGCUGGUGCUGGGGGUAAUAGAAGCCCUAAUAGGGAACCGGGGACUCCUAGCAGUAGUGGGAGCCCUAGUCCGGUGGCUAGCGAUUUGAGGAGUGGGAACCAGAGCCGGUUUUUGGGACAGAGGUAUAGUCCUUAUCCUAAUCCGUCGAGUCCUGGGGGACAGAAUAGACAAUAG